AUGAAGAAUCCAGAGGCAAAGGAUCUUCUCGUGUCUCAAAUACUCGUCAUCGUAGCGACAAUUCUAGUCAUCGCGCGUCUCAAUCUGCGUCUCCGAGUACAAAAGCGAAAGCUACUACUGAGCGAUAUUCUUAUGGUAGCGGCGUGGAUAUCGGGCGUCAUUACAGCUGCGUUCUCACCCGCGUUUGCGGUCCUGCAUGCAUUUGAUCCGAGUGUUCAUACAACAUUGGAGGGCUACAAUGGAGGAUCUGCCAACUUGGUGUUGAUACUGAAGUUGCUCUUUGCAUCGAGUUUUCCCUUUUAUACGACGCUAUACUUAUGCAAAGCUGCGCUUCUUGCAGUCUAUCUACAAGUCUUUCCCGAGUUCAUGGUCAAGAGGCGGAAAUUCCUUUGGGCGACGAUUUGGGAUCUCAACCCCUCGAGGACAUGUCCGAAGUGGACGUAUGCUGUCACUUUUCACGUUGGCUGGGGCCUGUCAUUCCUAGGAGAUUUGCUAGUGUUCAUUUUGCCGUGGCUCAUCGUACCAGCUCUGCACGUCAGAAGGACCUUAAGACUCGGUAUAUACUUCACAUUCCUUCUCGGCACCGUCAACAUGGCUGUUAGUCUGGUCCGCCUCGUCAUGAUCUGGAAGGCUGGAGCCGACUCGAGCAUCUCACUCAGUACAAUUGUUCUUUGGAGUGCCCUAGAUGUCAACAUUGGCCUCGUUGUCGCUUGCCUUCCGUCACUGCGCCCAUAUUUCGGAGCACGAACCAAGUCCCAGGAACAAAGUCGAGAGAGCUACAGUUGCGAUUCUUCGAGGAAACACUCUGGGUUUGGCAAUCGAACGAUAUGCUUUCACUCCAAGAAGCGCGAUAGCGAGGCGUGGCCGUCGUCGGCCGGCAGUCAUGCGAGAUACUCGUCGAUAGACCAGACAGUCGUUGGAUCCUGGGAUGAUACAAAGGGAUUCAAGGAUGCGGAUGAUGUUGAGUUGAGAGUUCUGCCUGUAGCGAGAACGAGGGACGUAAAAUACGGUAAAUAG